GUGUUGUAGGUGUGACCACCGGGUGUCAGUGCUACAGUUGAUUGGUGGUUUGCGGCUGCGUCCGCAUGGCAACGGGCAGCUGUGUACAAGAAAAAGGACGCAAGGAGCUUUCUGGAAACGUUGAGAGGGAUUUCUACGUUAAAACAAUCUAUCUGUCCUCGUCUGCGUGGACGCUGUAACAUCUGGGCGCCGGAGCGGAGCGGCUUUAAUGCGGCGUAUCGCUGGCGCAGACUGACAGCCAGCUCAUAAGCUGCCACCACUGACCUGCAAUCAUGACGGCAGAGGAGACAAUCAACAUCAAGGAGGCGGAGGUGAUCAAGCUGAUCCUGGACUUCCUCAACUCCAGGAAGCUGCACAUUAGCAUGCUGGCCCUGGAGAAGGAGAGCGGUGUUAUUAAUGGACUCUACUCUGAUGACAUGCUCUUCCUCAGGCAACUCAUUCUGGACGGCCAGUGGGAGGAGGUGAUGCAAUUCAUUCAGCCUCUAGAGGGGAUGGACAAGUUUGACAAGAAAAGGUUUCGGUAUAUCAUUUUGAAGCAGAAGUUUUUGGAAGCUUUGUGUGUAAAUAACGCCAUGUCAGCUGCUGAAGACCCUCAGAACCUGGAGCUCACCAUGCAGGUGGCGGUCAAGUGCCUCCACAAUCUGGAGGAAUUCUGCCCGACCAAGGACGACUACAGCAAGUUGUGUCUCCUCCUCACCCUGCCUCGCCUCACCCACCACGCAGAGUUCAAAGACUGGAACCCAAGCACGGCACGUGUCCACUGCUUCGAGGAGGCUUGUGCUAUGGUAGCAGAGUUCAUCCCUGCGGACAGGAAGCUGAGCGAGGCUGGCUUCAGGGCGAGUGGAAACCGCCUCUUCCAGCUGCUUAUCAAAGGGAUCCUUUAUGAGUGCUGUGUUGAGUUCUGUCAGAGUAAAGCAACGGGUGAGGAGAUUACAGAGGGUGAGGUGUUGCUCGGCGUGGAUUUGCUGUGUGGGAACGGCUGUGAUGAGCUGGAUUUGUCAUUGCUCUCCUGGCUGCAGAACGUCUCCCCAGGUGCCUUCACCUGCGCCUUCCAACAGAAGACCCUCAACAUCCAUGUGGACCGGCUGGUGAAGCCGAGCAAGGCUGGCUAUGCCGACCUCCUCACUCCUUUAAUCAAUCGUCUGUCCCCUUGUCCUACCUCACCUUUUCGUCAAAGACCUCAUUCAGCCGACACCUACAUGUCCAGGUCACUCAACCCAGUUCUGGAUGGCCUGUCCCACGGUCUGGCAGCACAGGAUAAGAGAGGCAUGGAGGCCAACAUGAAGUCUGCUCUCAGUCGGAGUCUCGUGGAGAACAAUGUGCACCUGCAGGAUGAUUCACCUGAGAGGAAACACCCACAAGGCCUGGAUGGACCCAACACCACACGAACUCCUCUGACUCCAGGAAAAGAUGGUGGUCCACCCUGCAGCACAGAAACACAUGAGCGUCGUGACUCCACAGAGCACAUCCAGGAGUAUUACAGGCAGCGUCUCCGUGUGCAGCAACAUCUGGAACAGAAGCAGCAGCAGAGGCAGCUUUACCAGCAGAUGCUGUUGGAGGGAGGAGUGAAGCCACAGGAUGGAGCCCAAAACAACCUCACUGAGGCCUUCCUCAGCAGAUCUAUUCAGAAGUUGGAGGAGAUGAAUGUGGGCAUUGACCACAAAGGAGAUGAAGUGAUGACACAUCUGGGCCAGCAGUGGAACGGACUGACAGGGAGCAACAGCACCUCCAGCCCCAGGAUGUCCAACACCCGGCACACCACAGACAAGGGCCCGCCCAGAGACAAGUCAGGUGGGGUGAGCAGCCACGGUUUGCUCAGCGAGUCUCCAGUUCCUAGUAGCCAAAGUGCUGAAAGAAUCAGAGCAUCUGGUCCUACAAUUCAGGAUGACACUAGUUCCUCUGCAACACGCAACACACACGAGCCAGGGAAGUCCAAAACACAAUUUGUUAAAGUGAACCAGCUCGAGGACACACAGGCGGUGCGUGCGGUGGCCUUCCAUCCCUCUGGAGCACUCUAUGCUGUAGGCUCCAACUCAAAAACCCUGCGAGUCUGUGCCUACCCGGAAACAGUGGCCACCAGUAGUUCUGGUGCAGUGAAGCAGCCAGCAGUGCGCUUCAGACGAAACAAACAUCACAAGGGCUCAAUCUACUGUGUUGCCUGGAGCCACUGUGGACAACUGUUGGCCACUGGCUCCAACGAUAAAUACGUCAAAGUCUUGCCUUUCAAUGCAGAUAGCUGCAAUGCCACAGGCCCAGACCUGGAGUUCAGCAUGCACGAUGGUACCAUUAGGGACCUGGCCUUCAUGGAAGGUCCUGAAAGUGGAGGAUCCAUCUUGAUCAGUGCUGGGGCGGGAGACUGCAACAUCUACACUACUGACUGUCAGAGAGGACAGGGCCUUCACGCUUUGAGUGGACACACAGGUCACAUCCUGACUCUGUACACAUGGGGAGGGUGGAUGAUCGCCUCAGGCUCACAGGAUAAAACAGUUCGGUUCUGGGACCUGCGAGUGCCCAGCUGUGUUCGGGUUGUGGGCACAACUUUGCACGGUUCAGGAAGUGCAGUUGCUUCAGUGGCAGUGGAUCCCAGCGGCCGUCUGCUGGCCACUGGUCAGGAGGACAGUACCUGCAUGUUGUAUGACAUUAGAGGAGGCCGCAUAGUCCAGACAUACCGCCCCCAUGGUAGUGACGUUCGCUCUGUGCGCUUCUCACCUGGAGCCCAUCAUCUCCUCACUGGCUCCUAUGACAACCGAAUCAUCAUCAGUGACCUUCAAGGUGACCUAACAAAGCCCCUCCCUCAAACGGUGGCAGGGGAGCACUGUGACAAGGUGAUCCAGUGUCGGUGGCACCCACAUAACCGGACCUUCCUCUCCUCGUCUGCAGAUCGAACUGUCGUCCUCUGGGCUCAGGGUCCCUGAGAGUCAGAGAAACACUGAUUCACACCCAGAGCAGCAGUGAUCACAAGAGCACAGCAUCCACAUAUAUCCCAGCAUGGCAUCACUAACUGCUGCGAGGCCUGUGUAUGUGCAGUGGUGUGCAUACAUAUCGUGAGCAUCAAGCUGUUUUUAUGUUGCUCAGUUUCAAGUGUGUGUGUGUGCGUGUACCAUGUGUGUAUGUAAAAAUUGCGUAGAAGAUGCAUUUUGAGGCAGAAAAUGCAGUCAUUUUAAAAACGACAGUUUACAUGUUUGUGUAUGUUUGAAUACUACUGUAUAUGUCUUUGUGAGUACGUACCUGUGUGUGUGCAACCAAAAAUGGCAUUUUGGAAAUCUCUGUGUUUGGCUUUGCAGUUUGAGAUUAAAGCUAAAUAGUAUGCAGAUUUUGCAAAUGCCAUAAAUAUUGGAAACAAGGGUAUUUUUGUGUUUGCUUUUGGAAUCCAUGUGAGGUUAAAAACUCACAUAAGAUGUGUCUGUGCAUCCGCUUAAUACCUUUCUGUUUGUGGCUUUUGUAAGUAGAACAUUAUUAAAAGGCAAAGAUGUAAUUACAAUAUACAGAUGGUGAUAAUGCCUUCACUGAAAAGUAUUAAUAAAUUCCCUGCAAGCACACUGUCAAAUUAGAUUAGUUAUUAUCUCACAAAACCCAAGUGAGUUUUAGACAGCCAUAGUCAGAAUUUGAUACGAAAAAAAUGAUUUCGGUUUGGCUCAGCAAGACAUGACAUGAUUUUAACAAAACUAUUCAUUAAAACACUGCUACUUCUAUAGUUUCUAUGAGACGCAGUGACUGGACUUCAUGUUGUGGAAGGAAGCCACGUUUGGUUAUGCAUAUCAUAAUGUGCCUUUUUGUAACAUUUGUAGAAACCUUUUGGAUGUAUGGAUUGAUUGAUAUAUUUAUUUAUUUGCAGCUUUAUUUUGGUAUUUUUUCAUAUGCCUUGUCAACUGUAAAACCUUACAAUGUCACUGCAGUGCAGAAACUUUUCACUCAUCUGCAUUGGUGCACACUUACAUGUAUAAAUUCCCAACGUUAUUAUUAAAAAUGUUUUGGUAAUGAGUAGUACUUUAUGUGAAGGUAGAAAAGAGAAUUUGCACAGUCAGGAAAGGAAUUUGUUAAUGUGUCUCGCACAAAAAUUCAACACUAAGUUCCAGUCAAAGAAAUUGCUUAAAUCGCAAGAUGGGAAAAAGGGGAAAAGUACAUGUUGUUAGAAGACCCUGCUUGAGUUCAUAGUCAUCACUUAGUUGCUUGAUGAAUUCGGUGUAAACUAAAAAGAAGAGCACAGUAAAACCAAAGCUUAGAGCAGCUGUGAGAAGUGACUGGGAAAAGAGGGAAAUAGCUGUUGUAACAAGAGCUCAGUCACUGUUCAGCUCCUCAUAUCAUAAUUAAAAUGUAGGAAUUGUGCAUGCUGUUUUUGCCCCAAAAACAACACAGCCUUUAAAAAACAAAGAUGCAGAAUAAGAAAGAGGAAGUAAAGGGCUGUAUGGUGAACUUUAAAAUGUAAUAUACUGUAGUUAACAGUAUAAAAAUAACAACACAAUAUUUUCAGCAGGUUGAUGUCAAGACAGUGGUAAUGAUGCACUUUGAAGAAAGAAAUGCUGCAGGGUUGCACAGUAUGAAAUGACAAAUCUGGUCACAUCUUUAAGGAUGUGAUUUUAUCUUCAUUUCUACUGAGCACCUAUGUAUGUAGAAGCCUGGUGCAUGUGAGUGAAAGAGAGAGAGAAGGAUGUGGAAGACAGAAUGUAUGUCAUGGGGUUAUCAUAUUAUGCAUCAAUUUUAACUUAUCUAUGGCUCAUAGCAGAAUAUUCAAUGUGCUUGUCCACAUGUGUAGUUUUAAUUAAUGUUUGUGCACAAAUGUGUCACAAAUGAGGGAACUGGGGUCACUGGAGUUCAGUCUGUUAAAAUAAUAAAAUAGUGGCUGUCUAACA